AUGGCAAAAAGCCAAAGGAGAGAGCUCGUUUCUAGUCAUAAUAAUAAGACUAUCAUUGCUGAUCACACCAAGAGGAUUAUGCAUAGAGAUAUUGAAAGACAAAGGAGACAAGAGAUGACCCACCUUUGCACUUCCCUUCGAAAUCUACUCCCUCUUGAAUAUAUCAAGGGAAAACGUGCAGUAUCAGAUCACGUGCAAGAAGCUGUGAAUUAUAUAAAAGACCUAGAAAAGAAUAUUGAAGAACUUGGUAUCAAGAGAGACGAGCUGAAAAACCUGUCCAAUUUGAGAGUUCUUGGUUCGAAUCGCGAAACCUCGAAUAAUUGUGCACCAAUUUGUGAAGUAAUUGUUCGCUCAUGCUUGGUUGGUGUUGAAGUUGUUAUUAUUAGUGACUUUGAGGAACAAUUUGUUCUCUCAAGAAUGAUGCAAGUGCUACUUAAAGAAGGACUCAAUGUUAUUAGCUGUGUUUCGGCCAAAGUAAAUCAAAGAUUAAUGCAUACAAUUCUAUCCGAGGUUGGGGGCUUGAGAUGCAUUGAUACGAUGGAACUGAAAAAGAAACUAAUGGAAACGAUUUAA